GUUCCGGAGGUCCGUUCUUAACCUGAAACUGUACUUAACCUGAAGCACUACUUUAGCUAAUGGGGCCUCCUGCUGCCACUGCGCCGCUGGAGCCCGAUUUCUGUUCUUAUCCUGAAGCAAAGUUCUUAACCUGAAGCACUAUUUCUGGGUUAGCGGAGUGUGUAACCUGAAGCGUAUGUAACCUGAAGCGUACAUAACCCGAGGUACCACUGUACUUGUUAAUGUGGUUUCUGUGAUGUAAAAAGAAAGCCAUUGGUUUUUACAUUAUGUUAUUUUGGAAUGAUCAUAUUUGAAAGUCCUGGUUGUUGAGACUACAGUGAUUUGGUGGGGGGCUAUUUUCUUGUGUACACAUGAUGUCAGGAGUCAAGGAGGCACUGUGCUUAAGAGGCACAUUGUGUUCUCAUAAAGGUUUAUUGCCUUGGAGGUGGAGAUACACACAUGUAUGGCGUAUUGUCAUACAUAUAUGGCAUAAAACCAGAUUAGGCUAAAUUCAGGAGCUGUAGAUAGACACCAGGGCAUGCAGGAUGUCUUUCAGGCCAAUUGGCUGGAUAUGUGGACAGCUGGUCAACAAAUUUGCUGGACAAGCCCAGAUAAUACAGAGACUCUUCUUGGAAAUUAUAGAUGAGAUUAGGGAUGAAUUCCCCAAUUUACUGAGACUGACAAGCUCAAACCAGGACGGCAAUCGCACCGUGCAAGAGUCUAGGUCUGUUGUGGCGAGAGUGUUCUCUUCCGCUCAUGCGGUAAUGAUUAGGCAUGGGCUAGGUCAUCUCUCCCGCUCUUCAAAAUCAAUUGCAAAAUUUGUGCAGCCACACCUCAUUCAAAAAUUGGCAGGGCUGCAUAGGCUAUCACAUCGUCUCUUGCAGAAACUGAAUGCUCCCAAACAACCUCUUUAUAAAUUGAAGGAAAAAUCCAUGUUCCUUUAUGAUGUCCUUUCCUAUCCAACGAAGACCGCCCUCACUGGUGUAAUGAGCAUUUCUUAUGCAGCACUAAUUUAUCUGGCAGUGUCCAUUAAUAAAGCACUGGGAAGAAUUAAAAGCAUAACUGAAACAAAAAAGAGCUCCAGGGAAAGCAGCAGCGAUGGUCUUGAUGCAGAUGGAUUUCCCAGAGUCAAGGAAAAGGCAAACGACUCUGCAACUUCCUCCACACACCAAGUAUCUUCAGAGCUGACUAUUAAGGAAUCACUAAGCAGGGGAAGCAUCCAAACACUACUUUUGGCAAUAGAUAAAGAAAAUGAAUAAUAAUGCUCCCUUGUACCCAAGAAAGGUAAAGGCACCCCUGA